UAUAUAAAGGAGGACAACGAAGACUGAAGGACUGCUGGGAAAGCACAGCCCGGGAUUGUAAAUAAGACCGUUAAAACCUGUGUUUUAUUUACAAAAGUUAUGCCGGCUAAUUUUAAGUGUCGUUCCCAGUUGUAUUAGGUCGUUUUUUCUUUCUUUUUGAUCUAUUCCUCGCUUGUUUUUCGUGUGGUUGUACACUACGCGUGUAAUGGCGAGCUCGGCUAACUCAAAUCCAGUGCCUAAACUGUACAGGUCGGUGAUCGAAGAUGUGAUUAACGAGGUGAGGGAGCUGUUCCUGGAUGAAGGAGUGGAUGAGCAGGUGCUGAUGGAACUGAAAACGCUGUGGGAGAACAAGCUGAUGCAGUCCAAGGCAGUGGAGGGCUUCCACACAGAGGAGCAGCAGGCCCUCCAGGCCGCGGCCCAGCAGCAGGCUCAGCAAGCCCAUGUGGCCCAGACGGCACAGCAGGUCCUCAUGCCCCAGCACCAGCAAGCUCCGCAGCAGCAGGUUAUCGUCCAGGACCCCAAGAUCCUGCAGCACAUGAGCACCACAGGGAUGAGUGCAGCAGCUACUGCAGCAACCCUGGCCCUCCCGACAGGGGUCACCCCCUACCAGCAGCUCAUCACCAGCCAAGGUCAGAUCCUGCAGGUGCUGCGUGCUCCUAAUGGGACCCAGUACAUCAUCCAGCCCCAGCAGCAGGUGAUGCUACAGCCGCAGGUGAUGCCGCAGAUGCAGGCUGGUGGCGUGCAGGCGCCCGUCAUACAGCAGGUACGCCCCAUCACACAGGUGCUGCACACUCCCCUCCAGGGAGGUCUGUCCCAGCAGACAGGAGUCAUAAUCCAGCCACAGCAGAUUGUCCUUACAGGCAACAAGGUCCAGCAGAACGCACAGGUGAUGCAGGCGGCCAUGGCGGCCCAGUCCAGCCAGGCAGCAGCACAAGCAGCAGCAGCACAAGCACAGGUGCAACAGCAGGCCCAGCAGGUGACACAGGCCCAGGGCGCAGCUCCGCCACAGGGCCCACAGCAGCCGGCCCAGCAGCCUCCCAUGAUGCUGCAGGUGGAUGGUGCCGGGGACACGUCCUCGGAGGAGGACGAGGACGAGGAGGAGGAGUACGACGAGGACGAGGAUGAAGACAAGGACAAAGAUGGCGGCGAGGACGGACAGGUUGAGGAGGAGCCGCUCAACAGUGGAGACGACGUCAGCGACGAGGAGGACCAGGAGCUGUUUGACACAGAGAACGUGGUGGUCUGCCAGUAUGACAAGAUCCACAGAAGCAAGAACAAAUGGAAAUUCCACUUGAAGGACGGGAUCAUGAACCUGAACGGCAGAGAUUACGUUUUUUCAAAAGCCAUUGGUGAUGCCGAGUGGUAGAGAACAGAACACACGCAUACACACACACAAACACACACAUACACACAAGAAAAAACGCCAGGAACUGGGACUUUCUAUCCUAUUGGUUAAGAGAGACAGGUCAGUUUCCUUGGACAUUCAGGAGACCUUUUGCGUGAGUGGAUGAGAACUCAAGAAACAACCUAGAAACUGUGAAGCCGCCUGCUUUCCAUGAGUGAGUGAAAACUAGCCGGCGAGAUGUUCCACCUCCACAAGGCCUGGCUCUGAGGCCUGGCUCUGAGGCCUGGCUCUGAGGCCUGCUCUGUCUGAGGUCCCCUCCAUUUCAACCCGCUUUCUCACACCCAUGUAGAUGGGACCAGACGGGCCCUGCAGGCCCGAGACCAGGCCUGGAUCCUCCACAUCCUCACUGAAGGGAUAGGAUAUCUGUUCGCCCCGGUUGAACUUCAGUGGUACCAUAGCUAACGUGUUUGCUGACUCGUACCUGCGCCUGCGUUCACAUGGCCUUCUUUACGACCGGGGGUCAGGAUUCUUCUCCCGGAGCUCUCAAUUCCAUUUCACUGAUAUUCCCGCCACCGUACGGAUUCUAGGCGUUUCCAUGAAGCCAGUUCUACUGGUACACACUGUGUUCUGCCAUAUCGGCACAGUUAGGAUUUUAAAACAUUUUUAUUAAAAAUUAUAUUUUUUUUUCCUUUCUGAUGAAGAUGCAACACUAAAGACAAAAAAGUUCAGAUCUUUAGUAGCCAAUGAUGGUGUGAAGGCCUGGUUUUUAAUUUCUGCUGUACCUUAUGAUUUGUUAUGAAUAUAAGUGCUGAAUCUUCAGAUUUCUUACCAUCUGCUUUCUCGGAUCCUAAACUCGUCUGGGACUACCAUUGCGUCAAAGAAAAAGAAAGGAAAUUGAUUGAAUCAACCAGAGGAUGGAUACAAUUGUACAAACGUCAUGCCUAGCUGCAAGCUUUUUUCCCUGUUUCUGUGUAGUUCUGUACUUUUCAACAUUCUGAAGAUUUGCACUGCAAGUCUGUGUUUAGAGUCUGUCGGCCGUCUGAGCUUGGCCUUGGCGUGCUCAACCAUGCAGUUGUUCUUUUAAAUGUGUGUCUUGUGCCGUGUGUCUCUAGUACUGCAGAUGGUGUCGACCAGUACUGUGUGUAGGGGCAUCCCAUAUCAAUAACUUUUAACAGUUAUAAUCUUGUUUUUUUUUUUUAUUUAUUCCUGAAAGUUCAGGCAAUGUUAUUUUUGGGAUUAGGGAGGUGGGAGAGGAUAUUGAAAGAAAAUUGCUGCACCAAACUGUGCUCUUAUUCUAUUAAGUGGUCUUUUUCUUUUCUUUUGGCUGGGUUCAUCAUGUGACCCCAGCUGGCCAGCUCGGCUCUGCUUGGUUUUAAUCAUGGUUUUUAAGAAGUCCUGUUCAGGUGAACUGAUCUGAGGGGCCUGUGUGUUGUAUGCCGUUUUGUUUUAACUGUGCCCCAUACUGUUGCAUAUGUUUGAAAUAAAGUUUUCAGCUA